AUGUUGUCAAGUGACCAAGUCAGUAGGAUUUCCAAGCUGUUUUCUGUUUGUGGUGUAUCUUGCAAAAUGUUGCAUCUAGUCUCACUUUUUCUUUCUCUUUUAUUUGUUUAUCAUUCUUUGCCAUUUCCUUCUUUCUCUUUUAUUUGUCUAUUUCUCAUUCUCUGCUAUUCCCUUCUUUCUCUUUUAUUUGUCUAUUUUUCAUUCUCUGCUAUUUCCUUCUUCCUCUUUUAUUUGUCUAUUUCUCAUUCUCUGCUAUUUCCUUCUUUCUCUUUUAUUUGUCUAUUUUUUCUCAUUCUCUUUUUAUUUGUCUAUUUUCAUUCUCUGCUAUUUCCUAUUUCUCUUUUAUUUGUCUAUUUUUCAUUCUCUGCUAUUUCCUUCUUUCUCUUUUAUUUGUCUAUUUCUCAUUCUCUGCUAUUUCCUUCUUUCUCUUUUAUUUGUCUAUUUCUCAUUCUCUGCUAUUUCCUUCUUUCUCUUUUAUUUGUCUAUUUUUCAUUCUCUGCUAUUUCCUUCUUUCUCUUUUAUUUGUCUAUUUCUCAUUCUCCACCAUUCCCUUCUUUCUCUUUUAUUUGUCUAUUUCUCAUUCUCUGCUAUUCCCUUCUUUCUCUUUUAUUUGUCUAUUUCUCAUUCUCCACCAUUUCUUUCUUUCUCUAUCUUAUUUAUGAAUCCAUCUACUUCUUUACACUGUUAAAGUUGACCACAUGA